GGUGGUGUGGCAUAUUGUGGUUGUGGUUUUGGAAAUCAAAAUUUCCCCCACAUCACAUCACUGUUACCAGUCACCAGUUAGCCUUUCAGAUAGAGUGCUUGGUGGUACAACCUGUACUGUAUGUAACGUGACCACCCAUCUACCACAGACCACAUGACUAUUCCGUCAGUCAGUCGUCAGUGUGUGCAGUACAGUAUAGAGUAACAACCUCUUUCUAAUCCUAGGCUAGGCCUAGGUAAGAUAAAUUGAGUUUUUUUGUUAUUUGAAACAGCAAUUUGAUACGUUUCAAGGUUAAAAAAAAGUGUUGGAAUGUCGAAGAAAACGGCGAUUAAAAGCUUCACUGCCGUGUCAUUUUUUGCCACAACGUUAGGAAUAAUUUCUUUAGCAAGAACUUUUUCACCUGAGAGGAAUCGUAUUGUUUUGGCAAAUGGAUAUUCAACGAAUUUUGCAUGGAGAAGUUUGCUCUCAUACAACGAUUCAUUAAGAAAUGAAGAAAUAAAAUGCAAAACCUUUCACGAUGUAAAUUUUACUGAGCGUUGCAAUUACAUCAAACAUCUUCCUGACUGCCAGACAGAUGAUGGAUUUAUCAACUACAUCAGGUUUGUCUACUGUGCGGCACCAACUCAAAAAUAUGUUAUUCCAAUAUUAUUGUUCUUGUUAUGCUGGCUAUUCUUCCUGUUUAUAUCGCUUGGUGCUACUGCUGAAGAUUUCUUUUGUCCGUCACUGAAUGUUAUCUCACGUACUCUUGGACUUAGUCAAAAUGUAGCUGGCGUUACCUUCCUUGCCUUUGGAAAUGGCGCCCCUGAUAUAUUCAGUUUGGUGGCAGCAAUCUCGGAGUCAAAAAACGGAGAUGCUGGUCUUGCAAUAGGAGCUUUAUUCGGUGCUGGAAUCUUUGUAACAACGAUGGUUGCUGGGUCCAUAGCCUGGGUCUCUACAUUCCAGAUUGCAGAACGGCCUUUUUUACGUGACGCCAUUUUCUAUAUUGCAGCUGUUUAUUGGACAUACCAUGUGCUGUGGUAUGAGACUAUCAAUCUAGCAACCUCAAUAGGAUUGCUUGGAUUGUAUGCUUUCUACGUUGUAGUUGUCAUUAUAGGCAGAAAAAUCAACCAAGCAACAAGGAAUAGAAAUUCUCCGUCGCUUACAAUUAAUGGUAAUCCUUUAGCUGACCCAACAACAUAUACUCAACCAGAAGAUUCAACUCAAGUAGAUGGACAAGAGACGAGACAACCCGCCGAUAUCAGAAAUGGACUUACAGCAACACAGAUUUUAGUUGCCUCGUCUGCUAUAGCACGGUCUGCUAGUCCACAUAUGAUAGAAGAAAACUCCCAAGUUCAUACCCAUAAUCAAGAAUCUAAUUCAGAACUGCUACGGCUUCUUGGUGGAGGAAGGAAACCUGUUGACAAGACAAUGCUACGUUUGUUUAUAGAGGGCGUGUGUCCAAUUAAUCUUGAAGAUUGGAAGGAUUUGUCUAUUCCUAAUAAAAUAUAUGAGGUUGUAAAAGCUCCAAUUCAGCUUCUACUUCUUCUAACUAUUCCAGUUGUUGACUACGAUGUUGAGAAGCAUAAUUGGAACAAGCCACUGAAUACAUUGCAUAUUAUUUUUGGACCGAUGUUGUUCAUUUUUGCAACAAAGUUGAGCAGCAAGUCAAUAAGUGGUGGGUUUGUUGCCUGGCAUUUAGUAUUGUGUAUAUGUGUUGUGAUUGCAAUUCUUGUCUUCCUAACGUCAAAGAAAGAGCAACAACCAAAGUAUCAUCCUGCAUAUGCAUAUCUUGGAUUUUUGGUGGCUGUUAUAUGGAUAUAUAGUAUAGCAAAUGAAAUUGUCAAUGUCCUGCAGAUGUAUGGAUCUGUUUUAAAAGUUAGUGAAGGAAUCCUUGGUCUUACUCUUCUAGCAUGGGGUAACAGUAUAGGAGAUCUUAUUUCUAAUACAACAAUGGCUCGACAAGGCUUUCCAAGGAUGGCGAUAUCAGCAUGUUUUGGUGGUCCCUUAUUCAAUAUGUUGGUUGGAAUAGGUAUUGCUUGUACUGUGAAAAUUGUCACAAGUGGCAAGAGUUGUUUUCAGAUCAAUCACACAAACCUGCAAGAUAUCCUCGCUCUGUUCCUGUUACUUAGUUUGUUGUCUUCGCUCUUCAUUAUGCUGGUCGCCAAGUUCAAGGCUUCGCGAGCAUACAGUGCCUUCCUCUUCUCCCUGUAUGCUUUAUUCCUAACAUUUGCUAUACUGGUUGAAACCAAUGUCAUAUCUUGGGAGUAUACAUCAUAGGAAACUUGUCAAUAACAGGCCACAAAAUCUCAUUAAUCUCGUUGCCAUUGCAUAGGUAAUGUUUAAAUCCAUAAAUGUGAUUACAAGUUAUUUAAAGUAAUCAGAUUGUGUUAUAUGGAAGAUAAAUCUAAUGCAGGAUGUAAUGAUAAUUCAAUAUAAUGAUGAAUACAUUAGGAACUCAGGUGAAGUGAAUUUUUUUGCAUAUGAUUAUGUUAAACAUCAGGCAAGUAACAGUGCUGCACAAUUUAACAUCGUACAGAUAAUGAUUACUUUCUAUCUACAAAAUACUGGGAAUUACAUUGUUCACUUGCUUACAAUAAGUGAAAAAAUUAAUGCAAUAGAAACAAUAACAAUAUUUUUUGGUGUCUGUAGUAAUCAGAAAUUGGAUUUGACCAUUGUGCUGCCCCAUUUAAACCAUCUUCCUUGGUAUCUCAUCAGUACUUUGUGUAUUAUAGCAAUAAAAAUAUGUAGUUCAUUUCCUAUAGAAAUUGAAAAUCAGGAAGAGUGAAAAACUCUAUUAAUAAACAGUAUUUGUGUUGCUGCUGAAAAUUGUCACAAAAUACUGUUGUACUGCAUGACAACCCCUUAACGAUUGCAUGUUUUAAAUGUAUAUAACUGUAUUUUCUUUUGGGCCCCAUAUCUGUAGCAUUUUUUGAUAACCCUUUAAAAUUAACAUUUCAAAUUGUGCUGCUGAAAUGAGGCCUAAAACUUGUUUUACUCAUUUUGUCUCAUAGAGACUUGGUUAUAAGGCAGCAUCCAUUCCUCUAAGUAGUUGUGAAGGGAGGAGUGAUUGAGAAUUAGUUACUAUAAGAGCUCUAGUUAAUAUUCAUAGUGAUAAGUUAUGGUAAUGCAAAUAAGAUGUUUAUUCAUCUUUAUUUCACAGUGGUAAAAGCCCCUACAACAAUGAAGCUGUGUUAUAGGGGCCCUUAAAAAGUAAUAGAGUGAAUUUACAAAUAUAUUCUUAAUAUAAAUUCAUUCCUUCACUGUGAAUAUAAAAACAAAACAAUAUAGUAGCAUCUAGCAACUUACAAAAUACAGUACUAUGACUAAGUAAUUAGUGCAAUGGUUUUGAUUCCAAACACAGUUACCAACCUGAGGGGGUGGGGGCUGGGCCCCCGGGUUUCAUUCACAUAGUUGCGACUACUAGAUUCUACUAAGUGCGUGGUUUUCUGGUUUGUUAUUACAUAACUUAACUAAUAGCAAUACAUAGUAGAGAGAUUUUUUAAAUUUUCUAUAUGAAAGAUGCAGAGUGGCAUUGAGAUUUAGUUUGACAAUCAGAUUGAGAGUGACAAUGAGGACGAAAAGAUUUAGAGUGACACAGAAUUUGGGGCUGAUGAUCAGAGUGAGAGUGACAAGUUGAGAGCAAGUGUGGGGCUGAUAGUCAGAUUUGUGAGCGACUAUUAGAUGGUGUGAGUUUGGGGAUGAUCAUCAGAUUGAGAGUAGUUGUGAGUGACAAUUAGAGAGUGAGUUUGGAGCUAAUGAUCAGAUUGAGAGUGACAAGUUGAGAGCAACAAGUUGAGAACAAGUUUAAGGCUGAUGAUCAGAUUGAGAGUAGUUGUGAGUGACAAGUUGAGAACGAGUUUGAGGCUGAUGAUCAGAUUGAGGGUGAGUUUAAGGCUGAUGGUCAGAUUGAGAGCAAGAUUAAGGCUGAUGAUCAGGUAGAGGGUGAGUUUAAGGCUGAUAAUCAGAUUGAGAGUGAGUUUGAGGCUGAUGAUCAGAUUGAGGGUGAGUUUGAGGCUGAUGAUCAAACUAAGAGUGAGUUUGAGGCUGAUGAUCACAUUGAAAGUGAACAGUUGAGAGCGAGUUUGGGGCUGUCAGAUUAAGAUAGAGAGAAAGUUUGAGGCUGAUGAUCACAUUGAGAGUGACAAUUAGAGGGUGAGUAGGGCUGAUGAACAGAAUGAUAGCGAGUUUGAAGCUGAUGAACAGAAUGAUAGCGAGUUUGAAGCUGAUGAUCAGAAUGAUAGCGAGUUUGAAGCUGAUGAACAGAAUGAUAGAGUUUGAAACUGAUGAACAGAAUGAUAGAGUUUGAAACUAAUGAACAGAA